AUGUAUCACAAAAUCAGAAUUUGCAGCUGUUUGGUGGCAUUUUUCCAAUCCCUCCUACUUGUUCAAAGAACCUAAAACCAUAUUGAUUUGCAGGUGCGUAUUUUCACAGAAAUGGAGGAUCCCAUCUUAGAUGCUAUGUAUGAAAGAUUGAAGCAAAAACUGUAUAUACAAGGAAGAAAGGUACUGUAUCAAGGAGCUCCAAUUGACAAGAUGGUUUUCAUUGUCCGAGGAAAAAUGGAGAGUGUUAGAGAUGGAAAUCCAACCCCCUUGUCAGAAGGUGACGUUUGUGGGCAGGAGCUACUCACAUGGUGUCUUGAGCAUUCUUCAGUGAGCAGAAAUGGAAAGAAAAUCAGGUCAUCGGGACAGCAGUUACUUUCUAAAAGGACUGUGAAGUGUUUAACAAAUGUGGUAGCUUUUGUGCUGCAAGCUGAUGAUCUGAAAGAAGUCGCCGCCACUUUUGCACCAUUCUUGCGGAGCCCACGUGUUAGGGGCCAUAAGGUACGAAUCUCCAGAGUGGAGAGAAGACACAGCAAGUUGCAUUCAAGAAGCAUGGAGAUACAAGAAGAAGCCUCUGAGUCGGGGAGCAAGUGGUAAACCUCCACCUGAUAAUCCCAUCAGGCUAUAUAACCUUCCUAGUAAUUUAUAUAUGUAAUAUCCUAUUUUCCAUGGAAAAAUGUAUGUAAUUGUAUCAUUGAUCUCAAUGAUCAGCCCCUUUAUAAGGGGUCCACUUAUCUGCUAGAUAGUUGUAUCUAUGCAAGUUUUCAUCUCUUACAAUUCUUGUACCACAAAAACAUCAAUGUGGAUCGAUGGUUGAAUUAUAUCUAAUGGUUGCCUAUUGUGAUUGAAA